CCAAGUUCGUCUCGUCGAGGGAAGUUGUUGGGUCUUUGGCGGCGCCUCUCUCGCUUUCUCUCCGUCGUUUUCCCGCCGCCGGCUGGCCGUCCUCUCUCGCGUCUCCGUCUCUCCUCCUCCCCGUCUGGGCCGCCGGCGGCGCAGCCAUGUCGUCCAUCCUGCCCUUCACUCCCCCCAUCGUCAAGCGCCUGCUGGGCUGGAAGAAAGGCGAGCAGAACGGGCAGGAGGAGAAGUGGUGCGAGAAGGCGGUCAAGAGCCUGGUCAAGAAGCUCAAGAAGACCGGGCAGCUGGACGAGCUGGAGAAGGCCAUCACCACCCAGAGCGUCAACACCAAGUGCAUCACCAUCCCCAGAUCGCUGGAUGGCCGGCUGCAGGUAUCCCACCGAAAGGGUCUCCCUCAUGUUAUCUAUUGCCGGCUCUGGCGGUGGCCAGAUCUUCACAGCCACCACGAACUUCGAGCCAUGGAGAUGUGUGAAUAUGCCUUUAACAUGAAGAAGGAUGAAGUCUGUGUGAAUCCAUAUCACUAUCAAAGAGUGGAGACACCAGUGCUACCUCCAGUAUUGGUUCCGAGGCAUACAGAGAUCCCAGCUGAGUUUCCUCCACUGGAUGAUUAUAGCCACUCCAUUCCAGAGAACACUAACUUCCCAGCGGGCAUAGAACCUCAAAGCAACUACAUUCCAGAAACACCGCCUCCUGGUUAUCUGAGUGAGGAUGGAGAAACCAGUGACCAUCAGAUGAACCAUAGCAUGGAUGCAGGUUCUCCAAAUUUAUCUCCAAAUCCAAUGUCCCCUGCACACAACAAUCUGGAUCUCCAGCCAGUCACUUACUGUGAACCUGCCUUCUGGUGUUCCAUCUCCUACUACGAGCUCAACCAGCGUGUCGGGGAAACUUUCCAUGCGUCGCAGCCCUCCAUGACAGUGGACGGCUUCACUGACCCUUCAAACUCUGAGCGCUUCUGCCUUGGGUUGCUGUCAAACGUCAACCGCAACGCAGCGGUGGAGCUCACCAGGCGACACAUCGGGAGAGGAGUGAGGCUAUAUUACAUUGGAGGAGAGGUAUUCGCUGAGUGCCUUAGCGACAGUGCCAUUUUUGUCCAGUCUCCUAACUGCAACCAGCGCUAUGGGUGGCAUCCGGCCACUGUGUGCAAGAUCCCACCAGGUUGUAACUUGAAGAUUUUUAACAACCAGGAAUUUGCUGCCCUUCUGGCCCAGUCUGUGAACCAGGGCUUUGAAGCCGUCUACCAGCUGACGAGAAUGUGCACGAUCCGAAUGAGCUUUGUCAAGGGCUGGGGGGCUGAAUACAGGCGGCAGACGGUCACAAGCACUCCCUGCUGGAUCGAGCUCCAUCUGAACGGCCCCUUACAGUGGCUAGACAAGGUCCUGACCCAGAUGGGCUCCCCCAGCAUCCGCUGUUCCAGCGUGUCUUAAAGGAGCCUGGAAGCAGAAGCCUAGACUUGCAAGCGGAAUCUGUUUUAACUCCUGGCAAAGGGCAACCUAAGUCAGUCCCUCACCUGAGAAUUUACCUCUCUUUGUUUUUUAAAAAGAAAACUUACGGAUCGUGUUGAAAACGAGCAUUUAGGGUUCGCUAGUAACGUUGUGGCUGACAGUCUCUUGAGGCCCGAUGCCAUGUAGUGAUGGCUCCUUCCUCUCAGUGAAAGAUUUUGCUCUGGCGCUGCUUGAACGAACAGAGGUUUUGCCGUUGCAGUGCCUCGUGGACCUUGCCCAGACAGUUGGCACUUCAGUCGUAGAGAAAUUUUGGACUAUGGUAGAAGAUGUUUUGACACACGCUGCCAGGUUUGAGUUCCAGUGAAGUGGAGCAAGACUUGCGACUUCCCUUGCAGAGGUUCUGCAGCUCACGUCGGAUGUCCGCAGAUGCCCUUGUCAGCAGUUCUCAGAACGGGGGAGAGCAAAGAGAAGGGCCUCUUCUGUCUGUCUCUAUCCCCUGCCAUCCCACCGCCAGCCUGGCCGCUUCACUAGAGGACAUCCAGCUUGGGAAAUGGGUGGCAGAGGGACUGCUUUUACAUUCCUUAAAAAAAAAAAAAAAGCUUUUGCUUCUGUACCUGCAUUUCCGCCUGCCAGGCCCAUCCCUGUUAGACCAUUUGAAGGAAUGGUGAGGAAAGGGUAAGGAGAGAGUAGCAAUUCAAUGAAGCAGCAUUACCCCAAGCCUACAGAUAUUUCACUUCUUGCAGUGUGGAAGGCCUGAUUUAUACUGUAGUUGCAAUGAUCUCAGAGGUGGUAUUAUGCACAACAUCACCACAUUCCACUUCAGUGUAUAUUUCAGUGUUCCUUCAAAGGGAGAUCUUGUUGAUUUUCCUCUGAUUUCCCCAUUAACCUAUUUAACUUGUGGGUUGUCCUCACAAUGUGCUGCCUUAACUAACUUGUUUUAAAGGCUC